GCAAUUUGAGCAUGGACUCGCAAACUUAAGAUCGUGAGUCCGGGCUCCCACUGAUAAAACUAUUUUUUUCUGUUCUUAAAAAAAAUCACUUGUGUUCAGCAGUAAGCCAAAAUGGCCGAUUCUCUGGAGGAUACGCUAGAGGAGAGGGUCGUUUGGCCUAGCUGGCUUUUCACGGAGAUGAAAACCAACCAUAUAGGCGAAUUAGCUGCCGUUUUUAUGUAUAUAGGAGCUCAAAGAGCUUUAAUACUUAAAUUUAAAUUGCUAUCUUUUUGCCCCUACUUUAUCAAAUAUAAAGAACCAAUUAAAAAAGCAAUGAACUUUGUGCGUCGCCAAGUGGAAACUGAAACAGUUCAUUUUAAAAUAAUGUCAUCUCUGCUACCUCAAACCCACCAAACGCGUUUUUGUUUCUUUUGGAGGAUAAACGCCUUUCUCUUAGGAUUCCUACCAACUUUUAUUGCUGGCCCUAGAGCACUUUACUGGACUGUUUACGCUGUAGAAAAGUUUGUUGAAAAACACUAUAACUCUCAAAUUAUAAAAAUAAUUUUGGAAAAACUUCCGGUUCCCUCCUUGCUGUCUCUUUUAAAAAACUUUAAAGAAGAUGAGGUUUACCACCAGCGCGAAGCUGCUGAACACUUAUAUGGUCGGUUUGAUCAUCCCGCUAUUUUAAAUCCGGCCAUAAUUUCAAAGGUCUGGACCAAUCUAGUUUACUAUGGCUCGUUGUGGGCUGCGGAACUUGUCAGGUGGAUUUAAUGUUAUAACAGAAUUUUAAAAUGCGCUUAAGAGAUAACAAGAGUUUUAUUGUAAUAGUGAUAGGUUACGGAUUAAUACAUAUUUUCUUCCACUAGCUUAUAAAUUUCUUUAUAAAAAAA